AUGUACCUCCGCACCUCCAUCCUAGCCCUGGCCCUCGCGUCUGCCGCCCUCUCCGCCCCCGUCGACACCGUCGACAAUGGCAACGCCGCAGCCAGCGUGCCCGCUCCCACCGCAGCCCCUGGCCAACCCGGGGAUGUCAGCGCCGCCAGCAUCCCCGGCCUCCCAGGCAUCACAGCCACCGUGACCAUCACCAUCUCGCUGCCCUGCGCCGGUGUCACCGCGACCAUCGGCCCCGCCGACAAGGGCCUCGAGGCUCGUGCCACAGACGCAAUUCCUAGUUCUAGUGCCUCUGCCUCUGUGAUCAAGCCUACCAGCAGCAGCAUCAGAGCCCUGUCUACCUGCGUGGCCUCUCCGUCUUCCACUGGCGCCGUAGUGUCUGGCUGUGCUGACGACGAUGACGACGAUGACGAUGACGAUGAAGACGACGACGACGAUGAUGACACUGACAAUGGGAAUGGGAAUGGAAACGGCCCCUCGUUCAUUCGAAAGCCCAUUCAAACCACUACUUCCACUAAGACAUCCGUGACUUCAGUCCCUACUGCUACUUCGACAACCUCACAGAAGACCACUGACUCCGCGGACCCAUCUACAUCAGCAACUACCCCUGCCAUUCUACUCCCCUCUCCAACUGAGAGCUCCUCAAAGGGAGGCGAUAGCACUACCACCAGCACCACCACAGAUGCCACAUCCAAGACAAAGACCGACACUGGUCCCUCAUCUACAUUCCUCACUCUGCCUUCCCCUUCAUCUUCGUCUUCAGCAGCAGACAAAUCCAGCAGCAGCACCACCACGACAGAGAAACAAUCCCAGGACCCAUCAGCUACUGCUACAGCUAGUGACUCCACAUCAGCCUCCGAAACCAAAACCAAACAAGCCACCACAAAGUCUUCUCAGGACCCAAGCAUCACUUCUACAUCCACAUCCACCUCCACAACCGAAUCCAAGACUACCCCCACAACCACCACAACCAAGAAAUCCAAGAUCAGGCGCGGAUUCGCAGCAAAUGCUACCGGGAUCAUUGAGGUUCCGCCGUUGAAGCCGAAGCCUACUGGUGGUCGGUGA